CGCAAUUAUCUAGCUCUGAAUGUUACAACCAAUUCGUUUUAUUUUGCAGCAAAUUUAUUGUUCGUGUCGAUUGUUGUUUUGUGCUGUUUCUCAAUUAUUCAUUCAUUCUUGCCCAUCUCGUUGAUAUCAUUUUCGGAAUGGUCAUCCGUAUUCAUUAAGCUUUCAUCCAUUCAUCCAUCUUGUUUGGUAUCCGAGUGCUGCUGUCGUUGUUGUCCAUCGUUCGGCCAUUGUUUCCUUUUAUCGCGUUUGGCCGUCGAGGUAGGCCUCGACGGCUUCCGUCACGUCGUACCUGUGUCGCUUGAGAAUGGCGAUGCACACGUCUUCCUCGGCCCCCGUGACGCUCCUCAUCUUGGAGACGGUCGCAUGCACCAGCUCCUCCCUCGAGGUGGCCCCCCUCAGCACACAUUCCCUCGCCCGUUCCUCUUGUCGCUUCAGCACGGCCCGUUCUGUGGCGCGUGUCGUGCAGUGUAUCGUGUCGCGUUGAGUUUUGAAAUCAACCCGUAGUCACGGCAUUAUCAUUGAUGACAUAGUCGCCGUUGAUGCAUUGAAAGUCCAAGCGGAUUGUUGAGUGCAGCAUGGAUUGGUUCGUACACGGAUGAAUUGGUUACAGUCAUAUUUUUUGUUGUUUUGUCCGUGUKGAUGGAUCGAUUGUGUUGUUCCAUUGGUUGUACCACAAUUUGAGCGAUGAAAGAUGAAGAAAUACGUUGACACAGAUACUGGGUGAGAACCUGUUUUACGAAGCGAUGGAAACGAGAAGAGAGAGGCGAAAGCAACGGGCAGAUUCGUUCCGAGCGUCUCCCAAUCGAACCCCCGAGUCCGCGUGCGAUGCUGCCCGCUGUAUCACUCCCCGCAUGCAACCAACCCGUGUUUGCUUGCCUUGCCUUGUUUUGUUUUGCGUUACUCACCCAGCGCGCAGCCGUCGAGUCGGUUUCCACCGCGGACGCUCCCGUACGGCGGCGCUUCCACCGCCUCGCGGACGGCACUCGGGAGCCGAACGGGGGGGCUCGAGGUCGCGGCGGCGGGUCCGAUCGUUUUCAGCUUGCAGGCCCUUAGGUUGGGGUAGACGAGGUCGUCGUCGCCAAAGGAGGAGUCCAUGUUGUUUGCGUUGUGUUGUGUUGCGUUCCGUUGUGUUGAAUUGCGUUGUGCUGUAUGGCGUUGUUCGUGUUGCUGUCUGUGGUUGUGCCUGCAAAAUUGCAGCAGUAUGUUUUGUGCCGUUAACGUUGAG